AUGAUUCCCAAAACUGAGAAAGACAACAAAGCCAUCGAAAAAGCGAGGAAUAUCCAAGAUAUUUGUUGGGGCGAAGAAUAUGAGCGUAUGGUCUCCGGAAUGUUAUACAAUCCUCUAGGGCCCGAGCUCAUAGAGGCCAGGUCAAGAGCAAGAUAUUUAACAGGGGAAUUCAAUGCUCAUAUCAAUGCUACGAUUUCGAUGAGUGACAUAAUUUCGCGUCGUGGAGAGAUCCUCGACAAGCUUCUCGGCCAGGCAGGACCAGAUAUCUAUAUUGAGCCUCCACUCUUCGUCGAUUACGGAUGUAAUAUCACCACAGGCCGUAAUUUUUAUGCCAAUUUCCAUCUCACAAUUCUUGAUUGUGGACUUGUGUCAAUUGGGGAUAAUGUGGAAGUCGGACCGAAUGUUAGCAUCAUCACUGGUGAACAUUACACGCAGAUCCAAGCCCGAAGAGAAUAUAGGGGCCGGGAAUUUACAAGAAGUAUUACUAUCGGGAACGAUUGCUGGAUUGGCGCCGGUGCCAUAAUUUUGUCGGGUGUCACAAUUGGGGACGGCUGCUCAAUUGGUGCGGGAGCAGUGGUCAGGACCGACAUUCCGCCCUACAGCGUGGCUGUGGGAGUUCCCGCCCGAGUAAUUCGUUCUGCAGAAUAG